AUGAACUCUUCAUCGUGCCAGGUAGGCCUUGAGAAGAUCACUAGGUAUAUAAGGUGUGAAGCUCCCAGGUCAUAUCCCCUUUCUGUCCAUCAUCACCACCACAGUCUCAACAUCACCUCCAGACCAACUCACACAUCACACACUAUUCCACUUUUAAACAACCAACCAACCUUUCAAAAUGCAGUUAACAACCCUCUUCAUGACCCUCUCAGCUGCUGCCGGCCUCGUUCUUGCCGCCCCUACUUCUGGCGCCACCUUGACACCUGCCAGCGUAUCCAGUCCGAUCUCCAGGGAAUGAACGUUACCUACCGCCCCGAUAUGAUCCACCUCUACCGCUCGAGCAAUGCCUCUUUCAACGUCCCCGCCAACGCCCGUGGUCCCUGCUCUCUUAUUGCGGCCUUUCCGGCCGACUAUUCGAUUAGAGACUCCUCGGUUGAGCAAGGCGGCAACCCCAUUGCUGUCAACGUCACCGACGUUGAUGGUCCCACCCCCGACUCCCUCGUUGGUACCGUUCGCUUCCCUUCUGCCUUGCCUGGUCCGACGACUAAGGAGGCAGUCAAGAUCACCAUCAACAGUUUUGCCUGCAGGGAGAAGAUGACUUACCAUUUUGAGGCCGCCGAGUUGGGUUCGGUUCAGUUCAAGAACACGGCGGAUGCUGGGCUCUUCAUUGAAUAUAGCUGCUAA